CUGCAGGAGGCAGUGCAGCGGGGGCUCCUGUCCAUGGUGCUGAAGAUUCGGCUGGCUCUGUCCGGGGUGCUGAACAUCUCGGGGCCGCUGGGUUCAGUGUGAGGCUGCUGUCCUCCCGAUCGAGUCCCACCCGCAGCGUUUCGUUGAUGAGCGGUGGUCGCAGUUCCCGUAGAACUGAAGAUCUCUCCGUGCGGACAUGUAGAAGCGGAGGGGGAGGGGAGCGCGAGAAAAUGAGUUCAACGGUGAGAUAUAUCUGAGCCAGUGGUGACCAGGGGAGAGCCAAUCAACCAGCAUCAAAAUGAGCCAAGAUACUGCAGAGACACGAACGCGAACCCGCUCCAAAGGAAGCCGGGUGUCGUCAGACCUUGUGGGACAAGAGACGAAGCAGGAGUUAAAUAGCAGCUGUCCCACCCCUGGAUGCGACGGCAAAGGUCACGUGAGUGGAAGAUACUCUCGACAUAGAAGCAUACUGGGAUGUCCAAUAGUGAAGAAAAGGAAACUGGAGGAGGCUGAAGCUGAGGAGAACCAGUCUGCUCCCAAGAGGAGGAACCAGCCGGCCACAGAAGCAGGAGAUGAAGGCUUCAAUGCUGACAGUGACGCCGCAGAAGAGGAGGAAGUACAGAAGGAGGAGGAAGACGACUACAAUCUCAAAGAGAAGAAGAAAAACAAAACAAAGGGCAGCCCAGAGUCAACACAAACAGAUGCUGUGGACUGCUCACUUGAGACAACAGAGGACAUAGUGGGUCCUCCGGCUGAAGUUGGAGACAACGAAAGCUUCACUUUGGAGACCGAGAACGAAACAGUAACAGAGACAACUACCGAGGAAGUGAAGCCGGCGACAGACAGCGAGCAGCAUCAGCAGGAUGAAACAGAGGAGGAGCAGGAAGAGGAAGGCCAGCUGCUGAUCAAGGACCAGUCAUCAGAGCUACCUGAAGAAGCAAGAGGACUUGCAGGGACAAAAGAAGAGGAGGAAGAGGAAGUAGAUGAAGAAAAGGAAGCGGUUGAGCAGCAGAAAAGGCAAGAGGGUAUCGUACAAGAAAAAGUGACAGAAAGACAUAUGAUGAGUCAGGAAAACUCUGAUCACCAGUACUCCAGUGGGGAUUAUAACCACCAGGCCAAAGAAUCAGCAAAGGACCAGAGUGUGAGGGAGGAACCGGAGGAGGACGAAAAUGAGGACAAAGAGGACGAGGAGGAGGAGGAGGAGGUGGGAGAGGAAGAGGAGAGGGAGGUCCACCAAGAGAUUCACAGUCCUUCCACAUUGAGUCCACAAACUCAGGGAUCUGAGGCUGAGAUGUCACUCAGGGAAGAAAAAAUCUGCACUCCUAUGAUUGAGGAGGAGGACGAUGAAGAUGAAAGAGAGGAAGAGGAGGAGGAGGGGCUGGGGAAGGACGUAGAGGAGGUGGUGGAGGAGGAAGAGGAGGACCGAGACUCUAGCAAAGCCUCUCCGACAACAGUGGUUAUAGAAGUCCGCUCAGAGGAGGAGGAUGACCAGGACGAUGAAGAGGAGGAAGAGGAAGAGGAAGAGGACGAUGACGUGGACGAGGACGAGGACGAGGAGGAGGAGUAUGAAGGAGAGGAGCAGGAUCGUGUCUCAGAGGGCUCAGGAAUCACAGACGACUCAGAGAACUGGGAUAUGACUCGAGGGAACCUGGGGCUGCUGGAGCAGGCCAUCGCCCUGAAGGCGGAGGAGGUGAAGGGGGGGCAGGAGGCCGGGAGCUCCCCGGACUACCAACCAUACAGCACUUCCAGCAAGGGCUCCGAGCCUGCUUCUCUAGCCCGCCGCACUGCUCACUACAGCAAAGAGAAGAAGGAGGUGAAGUGUCCAACCCCAGGGUGUGACGGGACAGGUCAUGUGACUGGGCUGUACCCUCACCAUCGCAGUCUAUCUGGAUGUCCACACAAAGACCGAAUCCCUCCGGAAAUCCUGGCCAUGCAUGAGAACGUCUUGAAGUGUCCGACUCCUGGGUGCACAGGCCAAGGCCAUGUCAACAGUAACCGCAACACACACCGCAGUCUGUCCGGCUGUCCCAUCGCAGCAGCAACUAAGCUGAACAAGGGCCAAGACAAACAGGUUAUUUUACAGGCUUCCCCCAGCGAACCCUCUUCCAACUCUGACAGGGUGCUCAGGCCCAUGUGUUUUGUGAAACAGCUGGAGAUCCCUCAGUACGGCAGCUACAGGCCCAACACAGUGACCACCACGCCGAGAGCUAACCUAGCCAAGGAGCUGGAGAAAUACUCCAAGGUGUCUUUUGACUAUGCAAGCUUUGAUGUCCAGGUGUUUGGAAAGCGUAUGCUCAUUCCAAAGACACCCAGCAGCGCUGAAACAUCACCCAAAGCCUUCAAAUCUAAAUCAUUCCCUAAGGCCUCCUCCCCCAGUCACAGUGUGUCAGGAGGCUUUUCUAUGAGCGCCUCGUCCUCCAGUAGUUAUGACUACAGCCAAGAUGCUGAGGCAGCCCACAUGGCAGCAACAGCCAUCCUCAACCUGUCCACCCGCUGCUGGGAGAGACCAGAGACCAUCAGCACCAAGCCCAGGGAACCGUGCUCCAAGGAGUCGGACAUUGAAGUGGAUGAAAACGGCACCUUGGACCUCAGCAUGAAGAAGACCAAGAGGGAGGGCGCGCAACCUCCAGAGCCUUCGUCCUCCUCCUCGUCAUCCUCUCAACACAUCGGAGCCACCCUGUCUCAGAGCCACACUCAGCCUGAGUGGGAGGGGCCGCUGGACUUCACCAAGUCCAGUGGAGUCAAAGAGGAAGACCAUGAAGAGGUGGAAUAUACAGCUCCCUCAUACACCUCCUCUGAUGGUGAGGAAGGGGACCAGGAGAAUCUGGAGGAAAGGAAGUACCCGGGUGAGGUCACCACCGGUAGCUUCAAGGUCAAGUUUCCGCCCAAAGAAAGCAAAAAGGAGAUUCUUAUAUGUCCCACCCCAGGCUGUGAUGGCAGUGGACACAUUACUGGCAACUACGCAUCACACCGAAGUCUGUCAGGCUGUCCUCUUGCUGAUAAAUCACUUCGGACCCUCAUGGCUGCCCACACAGCUGAACUAAAGUGUCCUACUCCAGGUUGUGAUGGAUCAGGCCACAUCACAGGAAACUACGCCUCACACAGAAGUCUGUCCGGAUGCCCUAGAGCCAAGAAAGGAGGGGUCAAAUCAACCCCCACCAAGGACGACAAGGAAGACUCGGAGCUCUUGAGGUGUCCGGUUCCCGGCUGUGACAGUCUGGGCCACAUCAGCGGGAAAUACGCCACCCACCGCAGUGCCUACGGCUGCCCGCUGGCAGCCCGCCGGCAGAAGGAGGGUCUCCUGAACGGCACCCCCUUCUCCUGGAAGGCCUUCAAGACCGAGGGCCCAACUUGCCCGACGCCAGGCUGCGACGGCUCGGGCCACGCCAACGGCAGUUUCCUGACGCACCGCAGUCUCUCAGGUUGUCCCAGAGCGACAGCCAACAAGAAGAGAGCCAAAUUUCCUGGAGACGAGUACAUCACUGCAAAGUUCAGAGCCAGCGAUGUUCUGGACAACGAUGAGGACAUCAAGCAGCUGAACAAGGAGAUCAAUGAGCUGAGCGAGUCCAACUCAGAGAUGGAGGCGGACAUGAUGAAUUUGCACACUCAGAUCUCUUCGAUGGAGAAUAACCUGAAGAGCAUGGAGGAGGAGAACAAACAUAUCGAGGAGAGGAAUGAGGCCUUAUUCCUGGAGCUAUCCGGCCUGAGUCAGGCCUUGAUCCGCAGCUUGACCAACAUCCGCCUGCCCGCCCUGCAGGAGCCACCGUCAGAGCAGAACUUUGACAGCUAUGUGGACACCCUGACUCACAUGUUUACCAACAAAGACUGCUACCAGAACCCGGAGAACCGGGCUCUGCUCGAGUCCAUCAACCAGGCGGUGAAGGGCAUCGAGGUGUGACAGACAGGAGGAGGACAGGGGGCGGGGCAUCACAGUGACUAUACCAAUCUUUCUUUCCAAACCCUUUAGAUACUGUAUGUAAUUAAUUAUUCUCAUUUGGAACUCUGUCAUCUGUUCUUUGCAUUAGUUUUCCAUUUGCAUGUUGCUUUAUGAUGGUAUGAGCGUGAACAGUGUGGCGUGGCGGCACACUAAGAUGAAAUUGAUCCUGCAAGCAAGGGCAUCUCAAGGUAUUCUGGCAGGCGAGCAGAACAAAGUCGGAGAGCAGUGUACAGCCUGAGCUGAGCAGAUCCUCUUAGUUAGUGAACAUCCCAUCUCCAGUUAAUAAUGUUGAUAGUAUUCUAUAUGAGCAUAGUGAUGUUUCACCUCCAGGACUAGUUUGUAGAUUCAUUCUUACUAUUGCUGUGUAACUAUUUAAUAACUUAUUCAUUCAUGUCUGCUGUAUUCUUUUUUUAUGUAUGCCUAUUUAUUACUCAUUAUAUAUUUAUUUAUUUUUUAUUUCAAAAUGCUACCAGAGGAGAUUAUAAAUGGUAACCGAAAGAAGGAAAUCAUUUCCUCUGCAUUGUUGAACAAAGAGGAAAUAUUUUAAGAUAUCAACUAUAAAUUGUUUUAUAUAACUUAUUAUUUAUUUAAAAUACUGGGAUCUUUUUAAGUGCAAAUAUUUUGUAACUGAAAGUUUUUUAAUCAUUUUCUAAAGAUUUCUUUUCUUUUUGGUGCUUCUGUUUAUAUCAUUUCCCUUUUUAUUUUCACAAACUAUUUUGAGUACACUGCAAUACACUGGGAAUAUUGAGCUCCACAUAUUUGGUAUUUAUUUGGUGAUGAAGAACAAAGUGAUGGUGAAUAUUUAUUUUGUAUUGUCUUUGUGUUAAUGAUGGCUGUGUAUGGAUUAGUAUUUAAGUUGCUCUUGAAAUAAAGGUAAACCCACAGUA